CACAACGAUCUGCUCUACGAUAAACAUACUUGUCAAAAGCUUAAGUAAAGCUUGUCACGUUUAAGCAGCUUGUCAGUCCUCCCACCCAUGUGUACGAUGAUACCAAUGCCUAUUGGCUCGUCUCUUCGAAGAAGUAGUACGAAAGGAAUAUCUACCCGAGCAACAGAGCAGUGAACCUGGGAGUACUUACUCUAGUUUUGACACAUCCGUGGAGAACCCCAAUGGUGGGACAUAUAUAUAUAUAAUGACUACAAGGAUGCUUUCAACAGAAGACCAAUCUGUACCUUUCCACUCCACCAACAACCAUGCAGAUCUACACCAUCCUCGCCCAGCUUGCUCUCGUCAGCGUUGUCGCAGCAGCACAGCCUACCGUCUAUCUCAUAAGGCACGGCGAAAAGCCCUCCAGUGGAAACGGCCUCAGCGCCGCUGGAAUGCAGCGUGCUCAGUGCCUCCGAUCUGUGUUUGGCAAGAGCUCGUCGUAUAACAUCGGAAACAUCAUGGCACAGACAUACAAGGCCGAUGGCUCUCGUAAGCGUCCAUACGACACCGUAACCCCCCUAGCCGCUGAUCUCGGUCUGCCUGUCGACACAUCGUGCGACCGCGACAACGCGAGCUGUGUUGAGAAUGUCGUCAAGGGGUAUAAGGGAAGUGGCAAUAUCUUGAUAUGCUGGGAGCAUGAUGCGUUGAGUGAUAUUGUGGAUGAGUUGGGUGCGAAGAAGGACAAUGUUCCUUCGUAUCCGAGUGACAGAUUUGAUAUCAUAUGGACGGAUCCAUAUUCGUACGAUGCGGGUGUUACGAGUCAGACGAGUGAGAAAUGCCCAGGCUUGGAUAGCUAGAUUGAGUGUUGAGAACCAAAGCAAGCUUGUUCUUUGUAUCCAUCUCGCUAGCUCCUUGCCGUGUUCUUCGUGGCGGAGUUGUAAUUGCUUGUCCCAACAGGAACUAUCUCUGUUUAUUGGUCUCUAGGCUAUGAUGCUGCUCUUUAUAGCAUGAGAGUCUCGAAAUCUCAUAGUG